CGACUAAAACCCCAAAAGUUAGCUCUCUCUCUCUCUCUCUCACAUCCCAUCUCAAACUCAGCUCUCAAACCCAGAAAUCCGGAUCAGUUCUUCAUCCCGAGUUAAACCCUCAAAUCCUAGCCCAUCUCAGUAUCCCUCACCUAUCUUAAUUCUAUCUUCUUCCUCACCUAUCUCAAUUCUCUCUUCUUCUCCUCUCCAAAACACACACUCUCUCUGUCUCUGUGACUCUUCCGUCUCCUCUCCAAAACACUCUUUCUCUCUCUCUCUGUGACUCUUCCGCUCUCAGAUCGACAUGGCUAUGUCAUUUCCAUCUCUCUCUGCCACUGAUUCACUAGCUUCAUCCGCGUCUUAGUCCAGGACACCUCUAUCACAGGCCCCUACUGAGACACAAGGUUCCUCGAAGAGAUAUAAACAACGCAGCCGCCGACACCGUCGAUUGACUCGAUUCUCAGCCUCUUAAAGACGUGAACAAACGGAACCGGAAAAUGGCAACAACCGAACCGAUUGAACUCGGUUCGGUUCUACAACGGUUCUAGGAAUCCUGUGCUUGGUUUCGGCCAUUUACAGAAUUGAAAAGGUGCUUCUCCGGUGGCGUUGAGCUUCAAAUGUCCGGUGAGGCGCGUCGCCUUCACCCUUCUCUCAAGGUACACUAUUAUCACACUCUCAACUCCUCCCGUCCCACCUCUGAUUUUCACAGCACCUUUGAAUAUCUCACUCAGUUCUUGCCAUUCUCUUCUAUCAAACCCAAUUCCCAAUGCUCUAUAAACUCCAAUGAGCGGCGUAAAGUCACUGUUGGGUUAUCCAGGAUCAUAAAGAACCAACAGGGCUAUGUACUGAAGGGCUUUUCCAGAACCUUCUGCCCAUUUUUUCUUGUAAAGAUUAUGAAACUGUUUUGUUGUAGAGAAACUGCAUUUGAGUUCUUUAAACUAGCCUUUAGGGAUGAUAAUCAGCGGACUGUGGAGUCAUGUUGUGUGGCUGCACAUGUUUUGGCGGCCGAAAAUCUACGAUUUCUGGCUCAAGAUGUGGUUUCAUGUGUGAUUGGGAGGAUUGGGCCGAGUAGGAGUAGGGAUUUGGUGGGGUUUAUGUGGGGAGGGCAUUGUGAAUACGAGUCGGAUUUUUCGGUUCUUGAUACACUAAUGAGGGGGUUCUUGAAUGCAGAAAUGGGCGCCGAGGCUUUGGAGGUUUUGAGGAGGAUGAGGGAGGUGGGAGUGAGGCCGAGUUUGUCUGCGGUUGCGAUUCUGUUCAGGUUGUUGAUAAGGGUUGGCGAUUAUGGUAGUGUGUGGAAGGUGUUUAGGGAUAUGAUUAGAGAAGGGCCUUAUCCAUGUAAUUAUGUUUUUAGUGCAAUGAUUCUUGGAUUUUGUCGAAAAGGGUUGGUUAGAGUUGGGGAGAGUUUGUUACAGGUGAUGUGGAAAUUCCAAUGUGAACCAGAUGUUUUUGCUUAUAACAUUGUGAUCUAUGCAAAUUGUGCGAGAGGGCAGACAGCUGAUGCGCUUGAAUGGGUGGAGUUGAUGAUUGCGAGGGGAUGUAAACCUAGCAUUGUUACAUUUAAUACAGUCAUAAGUGCAUUGUGUAAGGAAGGAAAUGUGGUGGAGGCAAGGAAGCUUUUUGAUGACGUCCCAGACAUGGGUGUUUAUCCGAAUACCAUAAUGUACAAUACCAUGAUGGAUGGGUAUGUUAAGUCAAGGGAGAUUGAUCAGGCUAACAUGCUUUUUGAAGAAAUGAGGAAGAAGAGCAUUUCUCCAGAUGGCAUAACUUUCAAUAUCUUGAUUGGAGGGCAUUACAAGUAUGGAAGCGAAGAUGAUGGAGACAGGUUGUUGCGGGAUUUAUCUGUGUCAGGAUUACUUCCAGAUUCUUCAUUGUAUGAUAUCUAUGUUUCUGUGUUGUGUUGGGCAGAUCGGUUGGACGAUGCCAUGGCAGUUUUAGAGGAUAUGCUUGAAAGAGGAUUCUCUCUAAGUGUGGUCGCUUUCAACUCUGUUAUUGCUGCUUGUAGCAGAGUAGGGUUGGAAGAAAAAGCAUAUAAGGCCUUUAACUUCAUGAUUUCAUUUGGUAUAACUCCUUCAUCUUCUACGUGUAGUUCUUUGCUUAUGGGUUUAUCUAAGAAGGGUUACUUGCAAGAAGCCGGAGAGCUUUUGUGUAAAAUGAUGGAGAAGGGGUUUCCUAUCAGAAAAGCUGCUUUUACGGUGCUUUUGGAUGGGUACUUUAGGAUGGGUGAUUUAGAUGGGGCACAAAGUUUGUGGAAUGAGAUGGAAGGAAGAGGCAUAUCUCCUGAUGUUGUGGCCUUUUCAGCAUUUAUCAAUGGACUAUCUAAAGCCGGUUUAAUGGAAGAAGCAUAUGAUAUGUUUCAAGAAAUGUUAAGGAAAGGGUUUGUGCCCAAUAAUUUUGUCUAUAAUUCAUUGAUUGGUGGGUUUUGCUACUGUGGUAAGUUGAGUGAUGCACUGAGGUUGGAGAGAGAGAUGAGGCAAAGGGGUCUUAUUCCGGAUAUUUUUACCACCAAUAUGAUCAUUCAUGGGUUCUGUAGACAGGGGAGGAUGAAGUCAGCAAUUAAUACAUUUAUGAACAUGUUCCAAACUGGGUUAACCCCAGAUAUCGUCACUUACAAUACAUUAAUUGGUGGUUAUUGUAAAGCAUUUGACAUGGUUAGGGCAGAUGAAUUUCUGUAUAAAAUGUACGCUAGUGGAUGGGAACCAGAUAUCACAACCUAUAAUAUACUGAUGCAUGGUUUUUGUAGUAGCCGAAAGAUAAAUCGGGCUGUGAAGAUUCUGGAUGAGCUUGUAUUGAGAGGUGUUGUUCCAGACACAGUAACAUACAACACUAUGAUGAAUGGUGUUUGUGUUGACAUACUGGAUCGUGCUAUGAUUUUAACCGCUAAAUUGCUUAAGUUGGCGUUUCUUCCAAAUGUUGUUACAGCCAAUGUAUUGUUGUCUCAGUUCCGCAGGCAGGGGAUGCCUGAGAAGGCCCUAAUGUGGGGUCAGAAGUUAAGUCAGUUUUCCUUUUGUUUUGAUGAAAUUACCUACAAAAUAUUGGACAGAGCCUAUCAUAAUAUGCAAGAAGAUCCUGCAAUUUCAAGUGCAACACCUGAGAAAAGCCUCUUCUUGGAUUUCCUCAUGUACAUUACGUAUGAUUAUUUAUGUAAAAAUAAACCUUGCAGAGAUGUAAGACAAAACCCUCUUAAAGUAAUUGGUCUUAGUGGCCCCUGAAAGUUGAUUUAGUUCAUCAGCUUUCUGUACAAUUACUAUCAUCGAAGAGUCUCUAUGCUACAUUAUUGAGGUCCCUUCCUGUCUCACAUUUUUCCUGCAUCCUGUGGCUAAAAAGUUAAAGGUGCACAAAUCAGGAAGAAGCAAAAAGCCAUUCGGCUAAUGUGGUUUUAACAGAAACUGACAAAGAAGUGUGAGAAUGAACAGCACAAGAAAUGCAAGCACAGUCCGGAUAAAGGAGGUGGAAAGGAGGUUGGGCUAGUAGCAAAGAAGUAAAGCUCUGCCAGUGUUGAAGUGUUGGCUGAAAUUCCAGAAGGUCAGGUGAUGAAUGUUUGUUGUUGUCCAAGCCAACUGAAAAGGUGCCACAGUCCAAGGGAGUUUGCUAUAAAGAUUUGAGAUUAAGCUCCAAUGAACAAUGUCAAUGUCCAGUGGGUCUCUUCAUCCCUUUGGGGGCUGCAUUGUCUCCUUUGAAUACUCUGGAGCUUCGUGUCAAUGAAUGUCUAAUCCUACUCUUCGAUGUUCCAAAAUCCCUUGACGAUAUGCAAGGCACUCUGCAUGGUUUAGAUCAGCUAACUCUUAUAUCGAGUAAAAGCUUUCUAUUUCUGGUAGUGUGCAGAAUGUUUUGGCUGACCCAAGAUGAAAAACGCCAUGAGUGAAUAGAUGGAGGCAUUUAUUAGGUUCUUAAACCCUAAUCUCUCUCUCUCUAUGUGUGUGUGUGUGUAGCACAUUCUGCAAUGAAUAUAAAGUUAAUAAUCUGUAGCAGUGAAAUUUUUGACAACUAUUCGUAUUGAUUUAGCAGUGCAUGUACAUUCAUUUGAGACUGUAUAUGAGAUGUUUUAAGCAUCAGUUUAUUCCACCUUUGUGCAGUUCUGUACUCUAACUGGUUCUGUAUACAAGUCUGUAUUGAUGAGAAUAGGAGGCUUCUAGGUACUUCAGGCAGUUCUAUACAGAUUUGAAAAGACGGUGAUUGUGUGGAGCACUCUUCCACUGAUGUCUGGCAUGUGAUAAGUGCAUCUGUGAAAGCAGCAUGCUCCCCUGCAAAAGAUUCUGGGGAAGAAGUGAAAGAUAUGCGAUUUGCAUCUACUUGUUCCCUUGUUCAGCAGUUGCAAUGGAUGCCGAUGGCUCUCCUGUUUUUUUUUUUUUUUUGGAGUGGUGAUUAAAGAAAAAACAUUAUAGUAUGGAUGGAAUAUUGGGCUGUAGAGCAAGCUGAAAUAUCAAAUCGACGAACUCUACCAUACUGCAGUACUGUGGGUGGAGCCCUUUCUCCUGAGAUGCAGCCUCCAAAGAUUUGAGAAAAGCGGCUGAUUAUUGCAACAGCAAUGGAGUUGUUUAGUGUUUGUGCUUCCAUUGUUCAGAUUGAGAGGAAAGCAAUAAUUUGGAAAAACUGGCACUUGCUGUUCUCUCACAAUUGCCAAAUGCAGUAGUGCAUGUCCAUGACCUCUCUGGAGAAUGCGGGACAUCUCCUUCUGAUCAAGCGUAUUAAGGGUUUUAUAUACUAUUGGAGUUAAUAGAGGAUCUGAAACAUAAAUUCACAUGGCAUAUUGAAUUGGAGUAGGCUGCAAUGAACCAACGCAUUUGUAGACCAAGAGAUGGUGUCAGAGUUUUCCAUUAGGUUGACUGCGUCAACUCGCAUACGACAGGUAAGAUGAAACUGUAAAGUAUGAAGUAACCACAGGGGCUUUUACGGGAGAAGGAGAGAGGCGGGUGCACCGAGAAGGAGAUAAGGUUGGAAGACUAAAUAGUGGGCUCCAUCGUCCUCCAUGUGUACAAAACAUCAAAAUUCCCGGUGAAGAAAACACCAAACUGCAAACGAUUUAUCAUUGUGGAAUGGGCGUUCUUACGUGAAGGAGUAGUAAUUGCGAUUUGGAAAAGAAGGCACAGUAAUAUCGAUUCCGAGUAUCCGAUACAGCGAAAUAGGACGGAGUAAGGCAAAUACUCUCAAGUAUUCGCUGCCGGAAGGAAUACAAUCUGGUUUCAUCGACAGUUUCAGAGUGCUUGUAGUAUGAGGCUGGCAGGGAUGGAGGACACGGCGGAGCUGCUGGAGAAGAAGCUAGCGUCGGAAAUUUCGAAGAUGAGCUUAGAGGAGGCACUCACUCUCGCUCCUGUUUUCAGCCAUUACCUCAAUUUGAUGGGCAUUGCUGAAGUUCAUCACAGGGUUUGUAGACAAAAGAAUGUAAAUCUUGUGAUGAUAUUUUUAAUCAGCUUCUGCAGCGUGGUGUUUCCCCAGACCAGCUUUACGAUACUGUUUGCAAGCAGGAGGUCGAGAUUGUUCUUACUGCACAUCCUACACAAAUUAAUCGCGGAACUUUACGAUACAAAUAUAUCAGACUUUCUCAUCUUUUAAAUUUAAGAGACCGACCUGAUCUUACUAGUGAAGACAGAGAUAUGGUGAUUGAAGAUCUGGUGUAAGAGAUAACUUCUGUAUGGCAAACAGAUGAGCUUAGGCACCAUAAACCCACACCAGUUGAUGAAGCUGGGGUUUGAACAUUGUGGAGCAGUCCCUUUGGAAAGCUGUACCUCAUUAUUUAUGUCAUCUCAGCAAUGCUUUAAAGAAGCACACUGGGAAACUGGAAAACCACUUCCAUUGAAAUGCACACCAAUCAGGUUUGGCUCUUGGAUGGGGGGUGGUCGAGAUGGAAAUUCCAAUGUGACAGCAAAGGUCACAAAAGAUGUCUCGCUUUUAUCUAGGUGGAUGACUAUUGAUCUCUAUAUUAGAGAAGUGGAUAGCCUGAAAUUUGAACUAUCCAUGAAUUGGUGCAGUAAUAGCUUGUCAAAACUGGCACAAGAGAUUCUAGAGCACAGUAUGACAUAUUGCAGUUAUUUUCAGUGGUCAUUAAUAUUGGCUGCUUGGUAUCAUGUGGAGACUACCAAAGCAUAGCUUCCAUUGUUUUUCUUUGACAAUUUCCUUAACAGGUUACUCCUAUGUUUCUGAUUUUUUUUAUUUUUAUUGCUUGAUCUUUUGUUUGAGGGCUGGGAUUUUGUUGUUCUGAGACUCGGAUCUUAUUAAUAUAACAAUUUAAAUCUCUAGAUCACUUCUGUGUAUGCAGAAUAAAAAACGUUGAAAGACAGAUGAACACUCUUACUUUAUGUUCUGCCAGGCAGGAUAGAGCAGAUGGUUAAUUAGUGAAAGUAAUUGAGUGAAAAAAUUGGAGUCAUAGUUUACAAAAUUCUUUGUGUUUUAUGGACCUAUGGGAAUUUGACUUCUCUUACCCCAACUCUUCUAUGCAUAAGUACCCACUGGUCAUCCCCUCCUGAUUUCUUAAGGUUUCAAUUUAUUUUUAAUAGAUGAUGAAUAUACUUGUGAAUCAAUUUAUAAUGUUAACAUAAUUGAAAUUCUCUCUUCAGAAUCUGCAUCUGAGGAUCACCAGAGUUGGGAUCAUCAGUGUUAUAAUAGGAAUCAGGUAAAGUAACAACCUGCAGCACUUCCAACACAACUUCCAGCUAGAGCUGAUCAGCCCUCUUGCACUGAAUGCAAUGUUGGUCAUUCUCACUAUCCCAGAAUUGAAAUGUUGGUCAUUUUAACUGAAGAUUGCAUUGGGGCAGGAAUCUGGUAGACAUGCUGAAACACUUGAUGCAAUUACCAAAUAUUUGGAUAUGGGCACAUACAGUGAGUGGGAUGAAGAAAAGAAACUGGAAUUUCUAACAAGAGAGUUCAAAGGAAAAAGACCGCUAGUCCCAUCUAGCAUGGAGGAAGAGAAAGUCUUGGUUUACCACUAUUGGCCAGAAUCUUAAACUAUGAGGUGUGUUCCAUGGGUGUUUGCAUGGACUCAAACCAGGAUCUUCUUUUCUGAUAGGAAGAGCUCUACUAGAAUUGGACAUCUUUGGGCAAUUCCAUGGGUGUUUGCAUGGACUCGAACCAGAUUUGUUCUUCCAGCUUGGGUGGAGUUGAACCAGGUUUAAGGGGAGUUUGUGAGAAGGGACACACUGAAGACUUGAAAGCCAUGUACCAAGCUUCUUGAACCCCAAAGACGUUGAUGAAGUCCAAUUAGAGGAAGAGCCUCCAACUCAACUGCUAGACGGGGAAAAUUGUAAAGCUAGCAAGUACUGAAGACAUUCCUAGCAUGACAUGAAAACACGAGACUGUUUUAUUUGAAAUCUUCUGUUAGAAUCAUUAGUAUUCAGAUCUUUGGUUGAUGCCCUACUGACCCAGAAUGUUGAUGGGAAUUCACAUUUUUGACUGCUAGUAUCAUCUGUGGAGCAUAAUUGUUUGCUGUUGUAUCACAUGAAUUCAGUUCACCAUGCCCUACCAAAGAGAUUUCUACUUAAAGUUUUCAUUUGGUAGAAGCAGAACUAGUAUAUCUGGAAUGGGAUUAGCAGAGUCUAAUUAUGCUCCACCCUUGUACGAGUUUGUAAUUACUUUGGUCAUUGCAUAUUUUUAACAAGUGCUACUGGCCAUUUGUUCUG